AUGGCCAAAUCUGAAUAUUUACUUCUCAAUUUGCUUCAAGUCCCGAUAUUUAAUUCUCAAUUUCCAAGCCCAGAUGGUGAUAUAAUAGAUUGUGUUUUGAUUCAUUUACAGCUGGCGUUUGAUAUUCCUAUUUUGAAAGCAACAGGGCCAUUGGAUCCACCUCAGAUACCAAAUGGGAAUAAGAAUGGGGGAAUAGAAACAGAAGUUAAGCAGUUAUGGAAUUCAAAAGGUGAAUCAUGCCCACAAGGAACAAUUCCAAUAAGAAGGCAAACAGAAAGUGAGAUCUUUACAUCCGAUUCCAUUUCCACGUUUGGGAAGAGAACUAGCAGGAAUGAUUUCUCUCCUUCUGAUAAUGGCCAUGAGCAUGCAAUUGGGUACGUAACCGAUGGAGAAUUUUAUGGAGCAAAGGCACGUUUAAAUGUAUGGGCUCCAAAUGUUACAAGGGUUGGUGAAUUUAGCCUUUCACAAAUUUGGGUUAUUGCGGAUGUUCCAACUCAUUCCUUGAGCACUUUUGAAGCUGGUUGGCAGGGUCCCACAAAACCCACCCUUAAUUCCACCCAGAACGCUAACCCAACUCUUCCUCUCCCCCACAUCUUUGUCUUCUUUGGCACAUGA